AUGAAGUUCAUAAAGAAAUGUGGGUCCUCCUGGGCUAGUGAAGAGUCCUUCAAGGUCUAUUCUGGAUCUACUCUUCUUUACACUGGAACAGGCUUUGCUAACAGUGAAACGCGUACUACUGAAAAAUGUUUGACCACUUCGACUAAUAAUCAAUACACCAUUGAGUUGAUUGAUUCUUAUGGUGAUUCCUGGUACAAUGGAGCAUUCCUUGCUGUCUAUGGAAAGUCUGGCAACGCUGUUUUCAAGAACACUUUGGUUGAUGACCGUAAAGAAACUUAUACUGUGUCUUUGUACUAUGGUGUUGAGGAGGGUGCUACUUGGAAGAUGACCUCUGGAUCGAUUACUGAUGGCUGGACUGCUUAUUCGUUCUCUGAUAGCACUUGGUCGGAUGCUACCCUUGGCUCUGUGACUGCGACUGCUUCUGGUACUCAGUACUUCCGCAAGCAGUUCGUGGGUCUUGCGAACAUGGCUGCUUAUGAUGUGAGACUGUACUACAAGGCUGGAGUGAUUGCCUAUAUCAAUGGAGCGGAGGUCUAUCGUGAUAACAUGCCUGCUGGAACUGUUUCUGCUGGUACUACUGCUACUGGAGAAUAUUCUGAGAUUGCUUAUCGUGGAUUCAUUCGUCCUGGCUCUGAAGUGGCUGCUCAACAAUCUAUUUUGGCUGUUGAAGUCCAUUUCCUUACUGCGCAAACCAACGUCGAUUUCAAUGCUUAUCUUGCUAUUUUGGCUGCUUCUACUACCGAAGGAAACUGCUUCGUCUAUGCUGAGCCCGUAGACGUGGAUGCUACUGGUGGCAGGAAUGUUGCCAAUAUCUUUGAUUUUGGACGAACGUCUUAUUACAAUGCUGCCUCCACAUAUCUUCCUGCUACUGUAACCUACUCCUUUGAAGGACCGAGACCCUACGUUAACUCCGUUCGUGUUUGGCCUUAUACGUCUAUUACAUCUGCUCCUAGCACAUUCACAUGGCAAGGAUCGAAUGAUAAUUCGCAAUGGACAAAUGUAGUUUCUGUAUCCGAUGCUACUUAUGAAAGUGAGACUUACCAGAUCUUUGGUGGUUAUUUCUAUGCUUCUUUAUUCCAACACUAUCGCGCUCAUAUUGUCAGCAGUGGCUACAGCUAUGUAUAUACUUAUGAAAUGCAGCCUCUGACCUGUACUACAGCCAUUCCCACCUCGAUUACCUUCACUCCCAAUACUUACACAUUCUGGGCCAAAUACGAGCAGGUGUAUAUCCGACCUGAUAUCAAUGAAUUUACUUCUUGUACAGCUCAGAACCUUCCUGAAGGACUUACCAUUGAUGCUACUUCUUGUGUGAUUUCUGGAGUUGUAAACAGUGCUGUAUCGGGUGUGACAGUUACUGUCUCUUCGGUUGUUCUUGGAAACACCUACACUGGAUCGUUCACGCUUACCAUUCAGGAAUGUACCGGAACCAUGCUCAACAUUCUUCGUACAUAUAAGUCGAGUGCUACUUAUGAAAGCUUCGAAAUCAAGGAUGCUACAAACCAGCAAGUUCUGAUUUCUGUUGCUUCCAAUUCAGGUCAGAUCAAUAAUGAAGACUGGACUAGCGUCGCUUGCGUUACUGGAUCCAAGUACCAAGUGACUGUUGGAUCUACCUCCACCUAUUGGAGUUCUCUGUCGUUCCUUUAUGUCCGUGCUGUUCUCUCUGGAAGCGAAAUGGAAACGGUUCUUCGUAUGAAAUAUGAUUCGAGAGUUGGAUUUGCCACCACUCGCACUUUCAAUGCUCAGUUUGCCAUUCUUCCCCAUUCCAACUGGUACUACAAGCAUGGCGAAGUUCCUACUGAUUGGUCUUCGUCGACUUCCACUGAAGGAUGGACUGAGGGAAAUGACAGCAACUACCCCGAUUCUUCCAACCAGAUUCAGCUGUACAAGAAGACAUUCACUGUAUCAGACAUCAACAACAUUGCCGGAUUUGUUCUUUCCAUCAAGUUCAAGUAUGGAUGCAUUGUCUAUUUGAAUGGACACGAAGCGUUCAGAAAGGGAUUGACGGAUGCUACGAUCAGCACUUCAAGUUAUGCUGACAACAUUUACACAAGUACUAUCUAUCAUCAGAUUUCUCUUCCCAUCAAGACGGUUCAAAUUGGAGAGACUGCUGGUGUGAACUACAUUCAGCAAGGAUCGAAUACCAUCGCUAUUGGUAUUGUUGCUGCCAAUGCAAACCAGAAGGAGGCGAUCUUCGAUGGUGCUCUUCGAAUGAUGGGAGAAGAGAUCACAUCUCGUGUCUUCGAUUACACCGUUACCUACAGUGGAAUUAGUGGAAGCCCUUCAUCUAUGCUGAACCAAUACUACGGAUAUACAGUGUAUUAUUCUUCGUGUGCCAAUAAUUACUACAACAUUGCCUUUACCAAUGAUCGUCACGAAUGGAUUAACUCUGUGACUAUCAAGCUGUACUACACGCAGAGUACUCAGCAAGUUCGUCAGUUUGUUUUGAAGGGUCGUAAUGGAAGUGAUGAUUGGACAACAGUCGCUACUGUUACUGGACUUACCUGGUCUCAAACUGGCCAGGCUCAGACGAUCUAUUUCCAGAACAACAAGGCCUAUCAUGAGUAUCGUUUCGAGAAUUUUGCUACUGGUGAUACUUCUGAAUGUUAUUGGAAGUUCAAUACCUUGGAUUUGAAUGCUGUAUAUACAACAAUGACCGUUCCUGAACUUGCUUAUGAAUCCACGACCAUUUUCAAGGAUGUCGAAAUGGGAGAAGUGUACCCUAAUUCAGAGUAUUACUUCAAUUUCCAGGUCAGUCCAGCUUUCCCCGAUGGAAUUAAGAUUGAUCCUAACAGCGGUAUUAUUUCUGGAACUGCUACUGCUGAGAUGGCAACCACUACUUAUUCAAUCACAGCUAGCAAACUGACUGGAGGCACUUCUACUGCUUCUUUCUCGUUAUCUGUUGAAAUUUGCACUGGAGGCCGUUCUUUGGUUACUUUGGUAGCUCGUACCGAUAGCUAUCCUGAGCAGUCUUCCUACAAGCUUUAUCAGGGAAUUGGAACCAGUGGAACUGUUGUCAGAUCCAUUGAGCGAUUUGCGUCAUCUUCUUCUCUGAACUAUGGAGAUUUCUGUCUGAAUGAUGGAAUCUACACUCUUGAAUUGCUCGAUUCUUCUUCUAAUGGUUGGACCAAUCCUGCUGGCUAUUAUUUGACUGUUGAUGUAGGUGAAAUGAUCUUUGAAAUGGGUCAGGUUCCCACGGGAGUUGCUUCUGUGAGCACAAUGUUCUCUUCCUAUUUCCCAUUCCAAGUUGACUAUACUGAAUGGAAGAUUAGCUACAAUUAUGUAGAGAAUUGGAACUCUAAGGAUUUCGAUGAUUCUACAUGGGCAUCGAAGAAGGCGAAAGAUAUUGGAACGAACGCCGGAGUCACUACAUACAUUCGCAAGGAAGUGAACAUCCCCGAUAUUGCCAACUACCAUGUGCUGAAUAUCCGUGUGAAGUAUGCUGGAGGAGUUGCUGCUUACUUCAAUGGCAGAUUGGUGGCUCGAUUCAAUCUGGAAGAGAAUUUCGAUUCCGAGUCAAAGUCCAUUGCUGUCCACAACCAAGAUACGUUCUCCAAGUUCCAUGUGAUCAUGUCUACUGUUGGCGGAGUAACUGGAAAGAACAUCAUGGCAUUUGAGGUCCAUCUUCCUCUUGGUCAGUCUUCUUCGAGCCCUGUCGUGUUCGAUGCUACUGGCGUGUUUGGAGUGAAUGAUUGCUCGAUUCUUGUGGAUACUAUCAUCAACGUCGAUGGAACUACUGCAUAUUCUUGUGAAUUAGAAGAGCUUCUGGAUCUCAAUCCUACGACUUAUGGAUAUCAGUCGAAUUCUCAGAAUACCUAUCUCGAGUGGGAAGUGGAGAACCUGGAAGGAUCCAAGUUCAAUAACUUCGGAAUGCAGACUGUGUAUUUGCGUUCUUCCUACGGAUUCUCUCUCUAUGUGCGCAGAGAAAGCACUGAUGAAGACACCUCUGCACUGGCUCUUCUUGGUCAGAGUACGAAGGCAUUGCAACGUAGUUAUUGGUCUGUGCCUGUGGGUAUUGCUGGAUUCAGAUACUUCCGAUUCGAGGUGGAUGACACUGCCUCGAGUACUGUGUACGUGAGUUCGUACAUGCUUUUGUACUGCAAGCCCAGUGGAACUGACACUUGUCCUGGAAUCGACGAUUAUCCGUCUGUGGGAGAGGGAGAAAUCUCGCCUGCUCCCUGCGAGGAGGGAUAUCGUGGAUAUUCGUACCGCACUUGCUCAAAUGGCCAGCUGGGUGAGAUCAACAACCAGCAUUGCACUCAAAAGGAACCUACGAAAUUGUUGUAUAGUGCCAGUAUUUAUAAUCUCAUUAUGGGAACCAGUGUCAGUAUUCCUAAGCCUACCUAUAUGAACAUCAUUUCGGAAUUCUACAUGGCUGAUAACACUUUCCUGCCUAAUGGAUUGGCUUUGAACGCCCAGACGGGAGAAAUUACUGGAAUGCCUACUGAAGAGUAUGGAUUAAAAACCUUCACGAUCUACGGUAAGAAUGAUGUUGGUACCACGUUCACUACUAUCAACAUUUCUGUUAAGAAGGGAACUUGCAAGGCCGAAGGAAACUUCCCGAAUACGCCUGUUGGUGAGGUGUAUGUCUAUGAUUGUGCUUUGGGCGGUUCGUAUGUGGGUACUCAGAAGAGAGCUUGUCUGCUUGGAGAAAAGGAUGGAGAAUGGCAAGCGAUUACUGGAUCUUGCAUGCCUGUUUGGAUGAUUAUUGUGCUCGUGGUGGUCGCUAUUAUCAUUGUCGUGACUGUUAUUUUCAUCCUGGUGCGUGUGACUAGCACGGCGAAGGCUGUCGGUGGUGUAAAGGGAAAAAGCGCUAGAGCAUCUGGAUCGCAGAAGAAGACGCUGUCCAAGAAGGAUAGCGCAAAGAAAGCUGUGAAGGUUUAA